GCUGAGAUAGUCAGCCUCAAACAGUCCCAACUGUCUGCCCCCCGUCCUCCUAACCCUCGACCUGCGGCAGUCCCAGUCUCUCACCCUAACACAGUUCUCAUGACGAGAGCAAGUGGAACUGUGACGAGCGCAGGAACCGGUGCCAGCUCCUCAAGCGGCAGCGUCGGCAGUUCUGCACCGGUCCUAGUUCCAAAUGCAGGAACAUCAGCCCAAAACGCCACAGUCCUUACCGGCGUUCAAUACAGCGGUCUCGUAGUGGACAAGAGGGCGGCCACGCUGCCGUCCAAGUACAACGGGAAGGGGGACAUCACCUCUUGGAUCAACUCCAUGCGCUCAUACUUCGAGGUACUGCGAACACUGCAGGAAGACCGAAGCAUGAUCAUGGGCACAAAUAUUGAGCCCGCCAUACGGAGUUUCAUAGAACUCCAAGCUGUUACUGCAGGUUAUGAGAGGAUUGACUUGACUGAGUGGCUGAAAGUGAUUCUUAUGUUGGUUGAGCUUAAUCGUGCGAAUGGUAUAGAUUUUUCUACCCUCGCGAUUGCUAAGAUAUCCCUCCAGCCACUACUGAACAUGGCACCUGUGCGCCGUCGAUCCGACCCACACACAUUUUAUUAUGCAGACCUCAAGGGCACUAAGGAUGGCCAGACAAUCGGCACACUUCGGUACAGCAUUUGCAUGCGAUUUAGCAUUUCGAAUGCCGUACGCAUGUAUUGCCUUAAUCCACCCAUCACAUCACCCAUUCGUAAGAAACUUCCGCCUCCUCCAGGAGUUUUCCCCCCACCUUCUGUGCCGUCUUCUACUCCAACCCAUCCAUCUUUGAACCUUUCUUCACUUAAUUCACCAGAGGCCAAUGGCCCCAUGGCUGCUGCUGCUGCUGCAGCUAAGGCAUCUCCAUAUGGGGUGUCAGCGAUACGUAUCUGUCUUUUGCACUGCAAGGGAUUGACAGCCAGGAAUGAAGCAUCCAGGUCCCGUCGAGGACUGGCCCCAUAUGUCAGCUACCAACUACCGGGGUUCCCACGGCAUGACACCCCAUUCUCUUCGGGAAGCAACCCCAUGUUUGACGAUGUCUGCGUUUUUCCGCUCGUCAAUUCCAGAGCUGUGGAGAAGUUUCUACGUGAUUUUCAGCUACAGAUGCAUGUGUUUGAUGACAAUGAUGAAGAUCUUGAAGAUGCUGGUCUCCUUGGCAGCACUGCAAUUCCUCUCAAGCACCUGGUGAACGGACAGGCAAUCUAUGGCACUUAUCAGCUUACCGGUUGCAGAGGACAGGUUACCACAGGAAGGAUUAGAUUGGCAGAAAAUACUGUAAUACAAAACCCCGAAGGAUAAGCAACCGCCGAGCACCCUUUGGUUAAACCACCAGUUCAGCCAAGUGUUAUGAAUCUGGCCAAUUUCGAAGUAAAAAUUCAUGAGAAAG